AUGUCAUCUGAAAAAAUCCCCCACAGUGCCGAAAAGGGUCCUAUUCUUUUUGAAGACCGUGAUGGCCAUUCUGACGAUAGUCCAACGAGCUUUGACGACUCUUUUGAGCAAUACAGAGAGCCUACAGACGAGGAAAGUCGUACGUUGCGCCGCAUUAUUGGGCGUCCAAAAUGGUACGUCUAUCUUAUCUGUCUCAUCGAGUUUGCCGAAAGGGCCGCCUACUAUGGCACCGGGGACCGUCUAUCCAACUUUAUUCAACGUCCAUUGCCCACCGACGGACCCGGUACCGGCGCGGUCCCUGCGAAUUCUGGUCAGUCCGCGGGCGCCCUCAACAUGGGCCUUCAGGCCGCAACAGGCCUCACAUUACUGCUCAUGUUCUUGACUUACUGUUUCCCACUCUUCACAGGAUACGUUAGCGACUGCUACAUUGGACGCAUGAAAAUGCUGUGGAUAGGUGUCAUCGUCAAUAUCAUUUCACAUGUCAUUUUUGUCGUAGGUGCUAUUCCAUCUGUACUCAGCAACAGGGACGCGGCAAUCGCACUCUGCAUUAUAGGUAUUAUUACCCUCGCCAUCGCUAGUUCGUUCAUCAAGCCAGUCCUGUUUCCUAUUUUGCUUUCCCAGUACCCACACGAGACCGACGUUGUCAAAAUCCUCAAAUCCGGCGAAAUGGUUAUUAUUGACCGUGAUGCGUCCCUCCAUCGUAUGACCAUGUUUUAUUAUUGGUCCAUCAAUCUUGGCGCAUUCGUCUCUUUGGGUACGGCAUACUGCGCAAAAAGAAUCGGUUACUGGCUUGCCUACUUGAUUCCGCUUCUCAUCUUUUUCAUCAUGCCCAUAGUCCUAAUUUUCCUGCGUCGCCACAUCAAGGACGAGCCACCAUCUGGUUACUCACUCCUCGCGGACUGCUGCAAAGUUUUGUCUGUCUGUCUUGAAGGUAACUGGAUCCGGCGGUACCGCGACGGCGAAUUCUGGGAAUACGCUCGUCCCUCUAACCUGAGGCAGAUGGGUCGCAACGGUUGGCGUAAAAAUAAAUCAGGCUUUUACGCCGAAAACCUCGUUCCGGACACCAGGGCGACAGUCUCAGCCUGCGCCAUUUUCCUCUAUUUCGUCAUUUACAAUAUUAAUGACAGUGGUAUCGGCUCCAUUGUCAAUAAUCAGACCGCGAGCCUGAGUGACAACGGUGUCCCCAAUGAUCUUGUUAAUAGCUUCAAUGCCUUGACCAUCAUCGUCUCCUCGCCUUUACUCGAGUGGGUCAUCUAUCCCAUCUUCAGACGCUUCAAGAUUAACUUCAAGCCUGCCUAUCGUAUCACUGCCGGCUUCUUCAUCGCUUCGAUGGCCAGUCUUGCAGGUGCUAUCAUCCAAUAUCGCAUCUAUCAGACCUCCAGCUGCGGCUGGUACGCAACUAAUUGUGCUAAUGAUGGAACGGCCUUUUCUCCCAUCUCGAUGUGGGAGGUUGUUUCCGAAUAUACUUUGACGGGUUUCAGCGAAUGUCUGGCAAUGACUACCGGUUAUGAAUUAGCCUUCGAGAGAUCCCCCACCCACAUGAAGAGUUUCGUAGUGGCACUGUUCCUCUUCACGCUUGCUUUAUCUGCUGCAUUAGGUGAAAUUGUCACGCCUUCUUUGCAGGACCCGCAUCUGAUAGUUCCUUUCGCGGUUCUCGCAGGAUUAGGCACACUUUUCGCAGCUAUUUUCCUAUGGAGAUACUGGGAUUUAGACAAGGUUAUGGAGAUUGAGAGGCGUCAGAGGCUGCAAGGAGAGCGCUUAACUGAGAAGGUGCCAGCUUAUUCGCUAAAUGUCGAUAACCCAGAAUUCAGGGUCGAGGACAGAUCAGCCUAA